AUGCUUGGACUAUUUGGGGUGCUUGUCAGUACAAUUCAGAUACUUAUAUUCGAAAGGAAGAGCGUAGAAGCAAUUGUUUGGUCUCCAAUAAUGAUAAGUUUGUUUGCAGGAUACGGCAUUGCAGGAUUUAUGUUCUACACCAUUACUCCUUUUGUCCUCAAGAUGAGUGGAGCAACAUUGCUUAACCUCUCGCUCUUAACAUCUGACAUGUGGGCAGUCGCCAUUCGAGUAUUUUUCUAUCAACAACAGAUAAACUGGUUGUACUAUCUAGCAUUCACAGUUGUGGCCAUCGGAUUGAUCAUCUACUCACUGAAUGAGAAUUCUUCGGCUGAUGCAACAGCUGCAAGUACAGAAGCAGCCGCUCACUAUCAACAACUUCCAAGUGAGGAUAACUCAACAGGAAGUGGUUCCAAUUUGGACAGAAAAGAAAGGAAGCAACAAGAAGCUCACAUCUGUUAA